UUCGGGCGGCACCGUGGGCACAGCGGCCUCUGGCGGGGGAAAGGGGUAAUUGCAAGAAACCUCUGCUCGGCGCCGGGGGGGCGGGGGAGGGGGCGAGUGUACCAGGAACCAAAGAAACAAUAAAAGGGAAACGUCUGGGAGCUCCCGCCAUUCCUCCGUUUGCUCUGGGGGCUGAGUUUACCUCGCGUAGGUCCAGCUGGUUAAAAGGAACCCCGCGUUGUGAACGCUUCUUACUAGCGUUCACUGUUCUGAGAACUCCCUCCAAAUACCCCCAUGGGGGCGGUCACCAAUGCUGGGGGGGGGGGUGCAAGCUGCCGUCUGCCGCUAAAGUCCAGCUAACCCCGCUGAAAGCAAGAACUCUUGAGAGACACCGGAUGCAGGAGGCUCUUCUACAUUAGGGCACCCGCUGGUUUAGCUGGGCAAGUCCCCGCUGCGAGGGGGAGGUCCUCUGGGUGCACUGCCCGGGGAGUAAGACCAGCUUCAGCGCGGAAGUCUGGUGGAUGAAGCCGAACAAAACCAAAAGGGGGCUGGUGGGAGGGACGCUGGAUGUUCACAGACAGCCAAGACAAAUAGCUUCCUACGCCGGAUCGGCCAGAGCCAGCCGAGGAGAACGAGGAAUGACCACGUAAAAGACCCUGCAGAAAACGGCAAAAGCAAAUAAUCACCCAGCCAUAGCGCUGACGGUAAAAUGCCCCCGCAGCCCGGAAGCUCUCUAAGAGCCAGACCCCGCUUCGUGUCCCUGGAAUGCGAACCUCCUAAUGCAACCCCAAUGACCGUACGCUUUCCCGGGGUGCCAGAACGUGGCUGCUUGUGCGGGACCCACAGAGCUAAAGAAGACUGCUGAUUGGCCCUUGGAACAGCCUCUGGGGGCAGGGGGGCGGGAUGGAAAGAUGCGCCCCUUAAAGACCCACUCCGCCGCGCGCGGUUUUGCGGCUGAGUUGCGCGCUGGGGCUGCGAGGGCGUUAGCGCCGCACACACGUGCCCGCCGGAGUCCCUGCCCCAGGACGCCGCAGGCUGGAAGCUCCUUGGUUUCCGGGUGCGAUUUAAGACUAUAUAAAGAGAUUGGGGUCUUCACGAGCUCGGAGAUCACCUGCCGUCGAUCAUCAAAGACACGCAUCCACUGGGAAGCAAAAGAGCCCUGCUGUACAAUGUACACUUAUCUCUUCAUCUAUUAUUUAAUCCAAUUCUGUGGACAUUCCUGGAUAUUUACAAAUAUGACCAUCAGGUUCUUGUCAUUUGGGAAAGAUUCUUUGGCCGAUACCUUCUAUUCUAUAGGAUUCGUAAUGUGCCUUUGCCAGUCGUUGUCCAUACUAGAGCUCCUGCACAUUCUAGUUGGCAUUGAAAAAAACUGUUUUCUCCCAAGGUUUUUACAGAUAACUGAGAGAAUCAUCAUUUUAUUUGUUAUCACCAGUCAAGAAGAAGUUCAAGGGAAAUAUAUUGUGUGCGUUUUAUUUUUCCUUUGGAAUUUACUGGAUGUGAUCAGAUACACUUACUGCAUGUUAUCAGUGACAGGAACAUACUAUGAAGCUUUGACAUGGCUGAACUACACACUAUGGAUUCCAGUAUAUCCCCUGUCAAUUCUGGCUAAAGCAUUUGCCAUCUAUGAAUCACUGCCUUAUUUUGAAUCCUUCGGCACAUACUCCACCAAGCUGCCAUUUCCAGUUGCCUUAUCGAUCUGCUUCCCGUACAUACUAAAAAUGUACCUGGCAAUGCUGUUUGUAGGUAAGAUUUUCAUCUCUUGUGAGCAGGAUCUUAAUGCCACUAUGCUGGAAUUCACAAACCUGAGGUGGCAAAAAUCGAAUCAAUGAAAAUUCUUUGUAAGCUGUGCCUUCUCCUAGUCAGUUCCCGCAUUGACACCUGUGUGUUAAGCGGAAGUCUAGUUCAUGUUGCUCAGGAGUUGACUGCUUGGAAUUCCAGCAUCCCAUUUGGAAGUGAAUUAUCUGUUUCUAGAGAGAGGGAGUGUGGGGAAAAGAACUAUUAAGAAAAAAGUGGAUGGAAAAUGCAUAUAGUGUGUUUGAGCCACCAUCAUUAUAGAUGUUAAUUCAACAUAAAGUCCUGAGUCAAGCUUUGAUUCUGCUGCCAUUUGUAGUCAAUGGAAACCUUUCCACUUAUUUCCAGUGGGCAUUAGAUCAGGCCCACAGUGUGUGUUCUUUUAAACUAGGUCUGACAUCCUGUACUAAAACUCCUCAAGGCUGGAGGAGAUUUGGAGCUAAAUCCAAACUUCAUAGCUUGUUCCCUCACUUACGGUUACUGUGGGUUGCAGCAAAACCCUGGAUCCAAACAGGCCUGCGCUUUGGAGAAGUUUGCGUCUACAUCUAACUUUCUGGCUGACCGCAUCUGAACCCCCUCACAUUUGGGUAAAGGGUGCUAAUUUUUGUAGCAUGUGCCCAUCUGUUUUUAAAAAACUCAUUGAUCCUUUUAGAUGAAGUACAGCGUUGGCUGGUUUAUAAGGGAUUCUUGUUCAAUCCUCGACCAGUAAAAUGAGGACACGAGUCAUGAUGGUGGCUGUGGGGUGGACCUGCUAAUCUGAAAAAAUAUCUGUGUACAUAUGCAUCAAUGUAAUGGCAAUAACUGCAGUAUUAUAAUUACCCUAUAUAUAGUAGGUGUGCUUUAAGGGUUCCAGGAAAAUGUUUCAGGACCUGCAUUGGCUAGAUUUAUUUACUGAGGUCUCAUAAUUUAGUAUGUGCAUAGUCGUCUAGCCAAGCGAAGGCAUCUUCAGUGGCAUGAUGCAGUUCUAGGCCACUGCUGAAGCUAGUCAGCGGGCAUUCAUCGACAAUGUGCGUCGUGUGUUGCGGCACAGCGGCACAAAGGGCUGUCACGAAGGCCCCCGCAAUACUGGUUGGCUGCACAGAGACCUUGCCUGGAUCUGGCAUUAUAUCUCAUAUAAUGACAGAUACCUAAAAAUAUAGUGUGGUUAGCUACAAGAAUAUAGAACCUGUCUGAAAAGCCUUACUCCUGUGGGUUUACUGAGACCACCCACAGGACCAUUUGGGUCGAUUGGACUCAUCCCAUUAGGGUUUUCAGGUGCAGGUCUAGGUCCACCUGUUCUUUCUAGGUGAAUGCUGGCCCUUUUGGAGUCUGCUUCCCUGCACUUACAUUUUAUGUUUCAAUUUAGGUAUGUACUUCAUCACCAGGUACCUCUGCUCAGAAAGGAAAGCUCACCUAGGAGCCAGCUACAUGAAAGAGAAAAGGAGCUAAGUUGAUAUCUUGUCUCAUAAUGAGGAAAAUUCUCUAGAACUAUUAUGCUAGCACAUUGUGUGGAAAUUUAGACUGAGAUUUUCAGAAGUGAUUAGUGAUCUUAUGUGCCCAACUUGGAGCACCUUAGAGGUUCCCAAUUUAUGAGGGCAGGUGCUCCACACUUUCUGAAAAUGAGGUCUUUUAAGGCAUCUCACAUGGGGCACUCAAACAUAAGCACCUCAAAUCUCCCGUCACUUUUUAAAGUCUUGGCCUCAGAAGUUACUCUGUCUUUUUCGAACAUAAAAUGACAGGUUACAAACUGUGGCAAAAAAUGUCAAAUCAUAUCAGCAUUUCCUAUAUUUUAAUAAUGGUUUCCUAUUGCAGCAGUAGCAUGUAUUCUGCAUUUUAUAUUAAAGUAAAAUGUCAAUGGUAUUUUGUUAGUCUAACAGGUGAGAUGAUAAUACAAUGUAAAUCAGAUGUAUGAAUAUCAAAUUUGCUGGAACUGCAACAGAUUAUGAAGCAGAAGCUGCUGGUUCUGCGUUUUGCCACAUUCACACAAAUACCAACAGGUAAAACUGUUCACAGAAAACCCAUCCUCCUCCUCCACUUGCCCCCACAUUCUUAAAGUAAAUGUAAGUGACACAUGCAGUUACAGUGUCUAUUCAAUACAAGUCCUAGAGGGCAUUUAACGUACAGAAGUAGAAGUUACGAUUCUAAUAUAUUUCCAGUAGACACUAUUGAAGAAUCAGUUUUUCUUACCGGUGACAUCCAGAUUAUUUUGGAAUUGAAGAAACAAGACAGACAGACACACUCACUCUUACUUUAACUCAAAGUGUGAUAUAGUCAGUCCAAGAAAUACUCUGCCUUUAAAAAUAAGACAAUGGAUUAUAUAAACUGUGGGCCAAAUCCAAAUUGUUUCACACAUGAGAACUGUCCCAUUGAUGUUAUUGAUGUCAGUGAGGUUAUUUGUGCAACAAAAGUAAUUAGGAUUUGGUCCCAUGAGGUGGGAAACUACUUUUAUAUGAGAAGCAAGAAAAUAGGAUAGGUUUUCCUGGGGGAUAAAUUACUUUUCUGACUGCACAAGUUACUUGGAAAUAACCAUAGGCUGACUUGUUCCGCAUUGGUACUAUUUCCCACCACCCUUUGGGCUUGAAAAAAUGAAGUGGAUUAAAGAGUGAAAUGAAAACACUUCUGGUCAUGAAAAUUCUCUUUCCUAUUUAAGCCUCUGAAAAAGUGAAACUUAAGUAGGCUUCUGUCUUAAGACAACAUUUGAAUAACCAAUGAGUGAAGAGCAUUUCAAAUUGAUGAUUUAGUGGCUCUAGGACAAGUCCAGAGCCACAGUCAGGCAGCUCAGCUGUAUCUGAACUGCCCCUACCUGUGCUACCACGGCUAUGCUGCUAUUGAUGCUUGAACUAGCUUGAGUACGUGUGCAUGAUUAAAGGAAUCAUACUCCUAGCUCAUACUGUAGACAUAGCCUUAGAUAAGUAUAUUUGUAUGUUACCUGGGAGCAGUAUACUAGACUGGGUACCAUUAAACACUUUGCUUUUGCAUCUAGGUAUUAUUGUGUAUGUGGCUAACAUACAGCACUUUUGGUCAGUAGAUCUCAAAGCGCUUUAGAAAAGAGGUAAAUAUGGUGUUGCCUGCAUUUAGGAAAUAGAGUGAAUAUUGUUGUAAUGUUAUUUAGUUACAAAAGCAAACGUGAUGUUUUUAACAAUGAUCAUGUUAUCUGCUGAAGGAUGGAUUUAUGGGAUCUGAGCAGGGGAGAAUUCUCUCAGUGCAGGAUCUGAGGAAGACAGAGGACCCUCUUAAGAAUCCUGGGUAGCAGCUGUGCCUGGUGUGGGAAGGGAGUAUCAGAGGCAGGGCUGUAGCAUGUUACCCAGCAGAGAGUCCAGACAGCACAGUUAGCUGGGGACAUGCUGCUGGAAUGUUGACAGCCCACCUGAGACCACUUUAGCCUCUGGAGCAGUUCAGUUUCACAAGGGCUGAAAAGGUGGGUCAAAAUGAACUUAGCACACCCCUGCCAACCCAUUCCACAGGCUGGGAGCUCUGUGCUGUAUCUCUUAGAAGCACAGCCCAGAAUCUCACCUUAUAAAGCAUAUCCUGAAAGAGUAAAAUGAUGGCUGAUCCCUAACAUUUGUUGAAAAAUUAUGAUAUUUUCCAUUCUGUUUACAUGGUAUAGUCUGGUCAAAAUUUUCAAACUCAGCUUCCUAAAGUAAGACGCUUUAAGUCUAUGUUUCAGCACCCUAACAACUGGCUUAUUUUUCAGCUGAACUUUGCACCCACUCCACCAAAUGAAGAGAGGGAGUUGUAGGUAUUGACUGCUUUUGAGAAUCAAGCCAUUCUUAUAUAGGGGUCUAAAUCUGAACUUAAGCCAACUUUAGGCAUUCAAAAAUGAAAUUGUUUGCUGAAGUUUGUUGGUGUAAAGUUACUGAUCCACAAACCUAUUGUAGUUGCUGGUGUUGGCAAUUAGCUUUACCAUUUAAUUGACUGUUUUUACAUUGAACCAUACUUAUGUGUAAAAUCCCACCACUAAUAUUGUAUUUCAGUUUGAUACAUUCAUAUUUACUUAGUGAACAUUAUUUUUAAUCUGUGCAAUUAUUUUUUUAAUUUUGAAUUAUAGCAAACCUAUUUUAAAAAAAUCUUUGGUUGAAAAUAUGGAAGUUACUACCAAACCUCAUUUAUCCGCACAUGGGCACCUGGAGCAUGUAAAUGGCUUUCAUUUUUAUAGUGUGUAUAUCAGUCAACACUGAUUCUGCACUAGCAGGGUGAAGAUGUCGUGGGCCAGGUGUUCAAACUCAUACUACGUUUGCAGCUGCAAAAAAGUGUGUUUAGUUAAUCUCAAACUACUCAAAGAAUUAACAGGCUGAUUUGAUGAAUCAUGCGCUCAUGUUCUAGAUCAGUGGUGCUCAAGCUGUGGCCUGCUUGUAGCCCAGUCAGCACACAACUGUGCCCCAUGUGACAUCCUCAGAGCCAUAUAGGUUGUGUGUGUGUGUGGAUGCAGCCCACAUAAACGGGAUGAGAACCACUGGUCUAGAUGGUUCUUAAGAAUCACUACUGGCAUGUUAAUGGUAAUACAAAGGCUACAUCUACACUGUGCCCUAGGGGUGUGAUUUCCAGCUCAUGUACAUGUACUUGCAUUAGCUCUCAUCAAUAAGAAUGAGAACGGCAGCAAGGCUUAGCCGCUUGAAACCCACGGGUACAUGUACACAGUGUAGUGGAGCUAUGCCACCAUUGCUUAUGCUGCCAUAGCUACACUACUAUUUAUACUCGCACUAGCUCGAUGAGAACUAAUGUGAGUAUGUGUACUUGAGCUGGGAAUCACACCCCGAGGUCAUAGUCUAGACACAGCCAAAAUGAAAACACACAUCUUGAGAAUGCAUAUGUCUACUGCAAUAUAAAGCAUACACAAGUACCAUACCAGAUUCUCACUGUUUAAAGGGUCUUGGUUAAAAGAGGCAAAUAGCAGGCAUAGAAGAUUUAUUCAUUCACUUCAGCUGUUAAGAAUACUUAACUGGGAAUAGUAAUAAGAGAAUAAAUAUUCUAGUGUGGCAUAUUAUGAAGAUGAAUACUUAACUGAGAAAACCACCAUAUAUAGGAUAGCUAAAUUAUACAUGCUCAGACUAAGGUCACUGCAGUAGACACUAGGGACCAGUAUGGGAUUACUCAGUCAAUUACUGGUGAUGUUUACCCCAGUGCAGAGGGGGCUUCUUCAAGAACCUGAGCACCAAUUAAGCUGCUCUUUAAGCUCCAUCUUGUGUGGACCCUUGCAUUGGGGUAUAUUUUUUCCUAUUUAAGUUGGAGACAUAGGCAGCUAAAUUGUGAGGCACAUGGGUUAAAGGUAAGUAGAGGGACCAGGCCAAAAUAAGAUUCAGAAAGGGGACUUAUAAAUGGGAGGGCACAGAGCCAGGAGGGUAACAUUAGAAAAAAGGAAGAGGGAAAUAAGAUUUCAAUAGCAGGAGAAAUGAAGGCACUUAGAGGGAGGUGAGAAAAUGUACUCCCCAAUAAGAGUAGCUCCAUAUUCUUGCUGGGAAGAAAGGAGAAGUCCUAUGUCCUCUCAGAGACACUAAGAUGCUAAGGAGAGAACAGACCUGCCAUCUUCCUUUUAAAAUGGCAAAGGUAGAAAAGACCUGCUGUCCUCCCCCUGCUGAAAGUUGACGCUAUCUCUGUAGCAGGGAAAGGGUGUUGUUGGAGUGGGAGAUUUGAGGAGACGGAACAUUCUGGAAUGUAAGGGAGAUGGGGUCAUCUUAGGUUUUGAAAAGUAUCCAAGCUUCUGGAAAAUUAUCAAGAUCCCAAUUUUCUGAGGCCCUGAAUUGGAAUAUUCAUGUUUAAAUGAACCUGACAUUCAUCAAACUGUAUCUAGCAAUGCCCAGAUCCCACGCUUACCUGGAUAAGUGUCCCUGGUAAAAUUGUUACAAGGUUAGCAACUAUGCUACUAUCACAAAAAUAGCGUUGUUCAUGAUAUAACAACAAUGGAUGAUGAAUGCUAUAAUAUGGCAGGAUCAUAAUGUUAACAAAUUUUGUCAGUUGAAAUUAAAGCUAAUUUAAAAGCCAGAAUAAAGAAAUAUGUCUUCUAAUAAAUACACUAUGUCAAACAACAA